AUGCGAAUUCGCAGUACACUAAACAUUUUUACGAUGCUGCUUGUGGUGACGAUACUCUUGAGUUGGACUUCUACCGCCAUUGCCAGACCAGUAACAUUCGACAAAGCCAUGGGAAUUGUUGAUCAAGUUGCCGAUGUUAUCAUCCCACCAAUGCGAUUACGGAAACGAGCAAAUGGCAUUGGUUCUUUACCCAAAUCGGCUCAAGUCCUUUUGCAAGCCGUUGGCAAGAUGGGACAAUUGGCGAGUAAGGCAAAGAAGACAAUGACCCGUUUGUCAUCGAAAGGAGGGCGACAUUGAUGAGAGAAUAUAGAGUGUUGAUUUGGACAGUAGUUCUUCAGUUUUUACAUGAUUGUGCAUUUAUUUUUUGAUUUAUCGAACUGUUUGAGGUAUGCAUUGGUCGUAUCUAUAAUCUGCUGACAAGCUAUCCUUUUGCUAUAAGUAUCUCUGGCUCUCUUUAUAUCUGCAGCGAUCUGUUUCUCCUGAUCGUCGGUGCUAAAAGUACCAC